GGCAGAACUGUGUGUUUGAAUGGUUUACACGUUUCCCUGAAAUGACUUCCUUUUCCUUUUGAGUGGAUUUGCUGUUAACCGACGACAACAUGAAACUCAAUAUAUCGUAUCCGGCGACCGGAUGUCAAAAGCUUCUGGACAUCGACGAUGAGAAGAAGGUCCGCAUCUUUUACGAGAAACGGAUGGGACAGGAGGUGGAGGCGGACUCCCUGGGCGACGAGUGGGCCGGUUAUGUGGUCCGCAUCGCCGGUGGAAACGACAAACAGGGCUUUCCUAUGAAACAGGGAGUCCUGACCAACGCUCGGGUUCGUCUGCUGCUGUCAGCCGGACACUCGUGUUAUCGUCCCCGACGUGACGGCGAACGCAAACGCAAGUCUGUCAGAGGAUGUAUAGUCGACGCCAACCUCAGCGUCUUGGCUCUGGUGGUGGUCCAGAAAGGCGAGAAAGAGAUCCCCGGCCUGACGGACACCACUAUUCCCCGUCGAUUGGGUCCCAAGAGAGCCAACAAAAUCCGCAAACUUUUUAAUUUAUCGAAAGAAGACGACGUCAGACAAUAUGUGGUCCGCAGACCGCUGGCCGUCAAAGAGGGCAAAAAGCCGAGAAGUAAGGCUCCGAAGAUUCAGCGCUUAAUCACUCCGAAAGUGGUUCAACGAAAACGAAGGCGUCUCGCGAAGAAGAGACAGAGAGCUGUCAAACGCAGAGAUCAGGCCUCAGAAUACGCCCGACUUCUGGCUCAGAGACAAAAGGAGGCCAAAGAGAAGAAGGCAGAGGAAGCCCGUCGAAGGCGAUCGUCCGCCUCUUCCGGAGGCAAAACUGCCAGCUCUUCAUCGGCUUAGAUAUGAUCGGAAUUUUGUAAUCAAAUGAUUAAUUAAUAAAAUGUUUUCUUGAAUUACA